UUCAAAUUUAAAUAUGAUCGGGCUAGUUCUAACUGAAACAAAAGUUUUAACUAUAUAUUAAUUUGAUUCUAAAGUAUUAUAAUGAGUUUGCUAAGUGCCGUACUGCAAGAAGCCAAUAAAGCUACUACGGAAGAUCAUAAGAAAUACCGUGAAGAAGUAUUACCGGCAAUCAGAGACCUAACUGAUCGUAUUCAACUCUUAUCCUGGGCAUUACAGCAAAAUCUUGUAGAUACUUACGUAAAUUUUACUACAACAAAAAGUUUAGAACAACUUAAUUUCAAAAAUCGGAAAGCCAACAUCUUUUCCGACUACGAUAAAUGUAUGAAUGAAAUAAAGAAAUAUGAAGAACAAUUCAAAGCAAGUGACGAAGAAUUUAAAAAUUGCAGCGAGAAAUUAAUUAAAUAUUUUGAAGGUUUUAAAGAUUUCUGUGUUGCAGUUGAAGGAAGAAACAUUUUACAAAGGGCUGAACAUGAUUUUAACAGAUUCAACUAUGCUGAAGCAAUACUAGCAGUGAAAAGUUUAAAAGACCAGCUAAACAGUUUAAAUUUCGAAGGAGAAGUUAAAAAUGCCUUAUCAAACAUGUACGAACAAGCUGAAAAUCAACUUUCUCUUUACAUAGCACAGACAAGUAUAGAGUGGGAAGAUAUCUUCACAUGGUCAGAGAAAAAUGGUAUGAAUUUCCUCACCUACUCAUUGUCUGUCCAGCAAAGUGAUCCAAUAUUACUGAAAAAGAUAUUAAAAACAUUAUAUUUAACAGAGAGGAUAAAUGCAGAGCUGGGACUGUUUUCUCAAUUCUUUAUCAAUCAGCUCUUGCAUAAUGUUAUAAGACAUAACUGUGACAUAUUUACUGAGGACCAUGUAGGGGCGGUAGUGUUCAACAUUAAAAUUGAUUUGAACGACACCAACAAGCCAAAUUACCAAACAAUUUUUAAUAAUCUGAUGGCUGUGUUUGAGUUUUUGCAAUCCACUCUAGGCUCUAAUUUUGAAGGAGAGCAAACAUUUAUCGAAGUCAUUGCAGAAUCAAUUCGGCAGAAAUUCUUCAACAAGAUCAUCAAAGACUGCAUCAGGAAUAACUUACCAUCAUGCAACAGUAGCUACAAAGCAUACAAAGACAUUGUAGUGGAACUAGAUGCAUUUAACAAAUUUUUAAUUGAGUUAAAAUUUGUGAGCUCAGAAGAGUCUCCAUUAAACAAGUACAUUGACGACACAGAAUGUGUUCUUUAUAAUAAGAAAUGUGACAAGUUAUUAUCUGACGUAAAAAAUUUACUAUCAGAAAGUUUGUCUUACGGUACCAUUGAAGUUGGUGCUAAAGUUGACAAGAACAAUUCUGUACUUGAUGUUUCCGAGAAAGAUUCCAUAUGGGAUCUUAACAAACCAAUAUAUUUACCGAAAUGCAUUGUCUCACAAAAUAUUAUACAGAUAAUGAAAAUGAUUACUGAACACUUGGAGGAAAGCUCAAAAUUGCCUGGCAAAUAUAGCAAACAGCUGGUUGCUUACAUAAAAGACAUUGCUGUCAUGUACCAAUUUGUUGUUCCGAAGAAAUUUAAAGCUAAUUUAGAAUCAUGUCCGAGUGAUAUUGGUCUCUUUUUCAACAACUGUUUCUACCUGGCUCAUGGUCUUCUUGGCCCUCCCUGGAGCCUCACCCUUCCAAGGCCAUUAGCUGAUCAUCUCAUUCUUGUUCUGUUGGAGUGUGUCCAAGACCUGAGGGUGCUUGGACUGGAGAAGAUGUCAAUAUAUUUACAACACCAAAAGCACAAUAUUGUGCAGAGUAUUGAAUCUAAAGAUUCAUCAGCUUGGUCGUACGAAACUUACGAGCAGUUGGAUUGUGCCAUCAACAGUGCGUUCACACUAAUGAGGGACCUCAAGGCGGCCUGGUUGCACAUCCUACCAGCGAGGAUGUAUGAGUUGGCUAUGUGUACACUUGUACAGGCUUUAUGUCAAGCUGUACUGGAUAGAAUAUUUGGCAAUAACAAGCCACUGAAUGAAGAGUUGGUGUACAUGCUCGCUCUGAGGGUUGAAGAUACGAUAGAGGAGGCCACUGGGCUGUUUGAGGAAGAAGUCAAAUUCGAAAACAAAAUUAACAUAUGGAGCAAGUUUAUCAAACUCCCACAGUUGCUGAAGGCACAACUACUAGAAAUAUCUGAGUUGUGGAACAAUAAUAAAAAAGAGUUCCAGCAAUACACAUGUGAGGAAGUUCGGCAGAUUAUAAAGAUGAGAUUCCCCAACGACAAAUACAGGCUGCGGAUACUCAAGGAAAUACAAUAAGUUCUUCAGAUAGUAAGAUAAUGUAAGAUGUAAUAUAUCAGCCCUGUAUUUUAUAAUAUCCCAUUGCUGGGCAUGGGCCUUCUUGAGGGUUUUGGAUCUUAGUCCACCAUGCUGUCCUAGUGCAGAUUGGAAAAUUCUUAUAGAGAACUUCUCAGGCUUGAAGGUUUCGCCACGAUUUUUCCCUUCACCGUUGAAGCGAGCGAUAAUUCACAAAGAAUACGGACAUAACUUUUUAGAAAAUUCAGAGGUGUAUGUUUUUGGGUUUUGAACCUGCGGACUUCCGUCUCAGUAGUCCGUUACACUCCCAAAUAGGCUAUCGCCGCUCUCAUAUUGUAGGAUACACACUCACACACAACAUCACGUAUUUAUCCCCGAAGGUGUAUGCCGAGGCGCAACCAAGGCACCUACUUUUCGCCAAGUGUGUUCCAUCCCAGUAGUGUAGGAUACAAGCCUAUUAUUAGUUUAGGUUUUUAAAUGUAUUUUAUAUUGAUAAAUACCUACCUAUUAUUUAAUGGAAAGGAAAGUAUUCGACAUAACAGUAAUAACCAAGCAUUAGGUAAAUAACUAAUGAACAUAAAAUUAUGUUUAUUCGUGUUCAAUAGCGUAGGCUCUUUUCUGACCAGUCUUGUCUCCCUUAAAUGGGCCAGCUCGAUCUCAUUCGGAUGGCAUAAUGGACUUAAAGGAAAUUUUGCGUAAAGUAGGCUUAUACGCGAAACGCGAGGCUCCGCUACCUGAGUUCAACAGUUUUGCAGGUAAGAUGCUAAAAAAAGCUAAAGUGCGGUGUGAGGCUUAUACUGUAAGCGCGAGGCUUAGGGUUGCCAGAUUCACCCCCUAAGGCCGCCACUUACUUACCCAAUCUACAGUUUUCAUGCGGCCUAAUUUCUUCGUCAGUUCUUCUAUUACCUGUUGGAAAUAUUAUGACAAUGAAUGGCCAUGUCAUUUAUCAUCAGUUGAUUUGCUAUACAGCAAUGGCAGGCGCAUAUAUAUGCUAUACAGCAAUGGCAGGAGCAUAUAUAUGCUAUACAGCAAUGGCAGGAGCAUAUAUAUGCUAUACAGCAAUGGCAGGAGCAUAUAUAUGCUAUACAGCAAUGGCAGCAUGUUUUUAUUGUAAUACAUUUUCUUCAUCUCUACUUAACCACACGCAAAGUACGCCGGGCUAUUGUUUUCGUUUAGAUUCGAUCAGUAAUAUAUAUGAAGCCGUUAAAAGGUAUUUGUGAUAUUUAUUGUAAAUACAUAUAAUAAAAUUGUUAUAAUUAAA